CCCCCAUUAACUCACCAAAACCGUAGAGUUUUCUUCCCUUGGCUUACAAGUUCCAUUGUUUAUCAGAGCAAGAAAAAGAAGGGAAAAUGGAAGGGAAAGAAGAAGAUGUUAGACUGGGAGCUAACAAGUUCUCAGAAAGGCAACCUAUUGGGACAGCAGCUCAGUCCCAAGAUGAUAAGGAUUACACUGAGCCACCACCAGCACCCUUCUUUGAGCCUAGUGAGUUGACUUCAUGGUCGUUUUACCGAGCUGGAAUCGCUGAGUUCGUUGCUACUUUCCUAUUCUUGUACAUCUCGGUGUUGACUGUGAUGGGAGUUGUUAAGGACAAAACCAAGUGUACAACUGUUGGGAUUCAAGGGAUUGCUUGGGCUUUUGGUGGUAUGAUCUUUGCCCUUGUUUACUGCACUGCUGGUAUCUCAGGUGGUCAUAUCAAUCCGGCGGUGACAUUUGGGCUGUUCUUGGCAAGGAAAUUGUCUUUGACAAGGGCAAUAUUCUACAUGGUGAUGCAGUGCUUGGGAGCUAUAUGUGGGGCUGGUGUGGUUAAAGGGUUCAUGGGGAAGACAAGGUAUGGUGCUUUGGGUGGUGGAGCUAACUCUGUGAAUCAUGGCUACACCAAGGGAGAUGGGCUUGGUGCUGAAAUUGUUGGUACCUUUGUUCUUGUUUACACUGUGUUCUCAGCCACUGAUGCCAAGCGCAGUGCCAGAGACUCUCACGUCCCUAUUUUGGCACCAUUGCCAAUUGGGUUCGCAGUGUUCUUGGUACACUUAGCCACCAUCCCAAUCACAGGAACUGGUAUUAACCCAGCUCGUAGCCUUGGUGCGGCCAUCAUUUUCAACAAGGACAAGGGAUGGGAUGACCAUGUAAUGGAUUUUCUGGGUGGGUCCAUUCAUUGGUGCAGCACUAGCAGCACUUUACCACGUUGUUGUGAUCAGAGCCAUUCCUUUCAAAUCAAAAUGAUCUACAUUAUCAAUGGUCAUGAUCAUAUGAUUUCAAGAAAGUGAAAGUUCCACUCAUGCACCCUUUCAGUUUGUUUUUCCAUUUUUCUUUUGUUUGCAUGCCUCUUGUAUUUGGAUGUAAGAAUCUGUAAUAUAUUGCUCCAAUUUAAGUAAAGUCCAAUAUAAAUUUGCUCUCUUUCAAAGAA